GUAUGAGAGAGAGGGGAGGGCAAACCCCUACAUCUGGAAACCAUUGACAACAGGGGAGAGAGAAGAGGCAAAACUUUAGAAAAGUGGAAAGAGGAACAAAGGAAAAACAAAACAGCAGAGGAAGAAUACAGAGAAAGACAAACACACACGUCUAAGGCUGUAACACACAGCAAGGGAGAAGAGACAACAUCCCAGACAGAGAGAGGGAGACAAAUGUUCCGAGUCCUAUGAGUCGAGCAAAAAAAAAGAGGUGCACUGGUUUUCAUCUGCGCUGCAUUCUUGUGUGACGGAGUUCUGAACACCAAACGGGCAGCCGCACGGACGUCUAUGGAAUUUAAAACAAGGAAUCCAGCGACUACAAAGGAUAUGCAUUAGCUGGGACCAAAAAUCCCCUGUCUCAGCAAAAAGGCAUCUGGCCAAAUCACAAGAGAAGCACUCAGGCCCACGGGAGGACCUCGUCUGUCAGCUGGAACACUUACUCUCUCGUCACCUCGUAGAUAUCUGACCACCGGCCACAGGAUGACCGUGACACGGAGAUGCCUGUGCUGCGUCAAGUACCUCAUGUUCAUCUUCAACUUAAUCUUCUGGCUAGGAGGAUGUGGCCUGUUCGGCGUGGGGGUCUGGCUGUCCUUCAAACAGUCAGAGAUCUCCGCUCUCCCUCUGUCCUUUCCCUCCCUCUCUGCUGCCAAUCUGCUGCUGGUUGCCGGGGGCAUCACCAUGGUGACAGGCUUCCUGGGUUGCCUCGGUGCCCUGAAGGAGCAGCGGUGCUUGUUGAUGACGUUUUUCGUCAUCCUCUUGAUCCUGGUCCUCACUGAAGUGACUUUAGCUGUGACUGUCCACUUCAAAGAGGAGGAGCUGAAUGAAAAAGCACAGGCUGAUCUGUUGAAGGGAAUGGAAAACUACAAAAACGAUGAACGUCUAAAGCUGUCAUGGGACACUGUGCAGAAAAUGUUCAAGUGCUGUGGUGUGACCAAAGAGGAGGACUGGCACAAGGUGAUGGGCGAGCCCGUCUUGCCAGACUCCUGUUGUCAAAGCGGGGAUCGAUGUGAUGCUGACAAUGACUACAGAUGGAAAGAGCCCUGCUACAAGAAGGCCAGAGAUUGGCUCAUCGAAAACAUCACCUCAGUGCUGGUAUUUGGGAUUUGCAUCGUUAUUGUUCAGCUCCUGGCUUUGGUCUUCUCCAUGAUGAUGUACUGCCAGAUCAGACGGGCAGAGAAGUACCUGGACUGACCAGAGGUCUGUAACUGCGCAGAGGUGCAAUCUGGACGGAGAUGAUUCCGCUCACACACUCCCCAUACUCGGUGUUACACCUCAGUUGUGCAGCAUCAACCUAACAUGGAUGUACAUACCCCUCCUGUCUUUUACCCACACAAUAUUUCAGGAACUUUUUUUAAAAAGAACUUCAAAAUUGAUUUAAAAAAAAAAAACAAAAAAAAAAACAAUGGACUGCUAUGUGUGUAUAGUACAAAGUAGUGUGGUGAAUGUAAAGGACAGUGACAUGUAUACAGCAAUUCUAGUGUAAUUAUGACAGUAUUAUCGUUUUCAAAUACUGUAAUCCAGUCCACUGCUCUGAUAUCUGCCAUCUCUUCUAGGCAGACUAGGGACUACUUUAUCUCACGUUUAAGAACAAGGAAUAAUACAGUAUACUGGAGGAUGUUACCUGAUUAUCUGGUAUGUGCACUGCAUGCUCUGCUUUUUCAGAGGCAAGCCCUUGUGUUGGGAUCUAAGGGAUGUGUAAUUGGUAAUUAAUGUAAACAUUUCAUUUAAAAGAAAAAUAAUGCGUAAUACUGAUUUUGAAUUGUAGUAAGAUUUAUGGGAAAUAUCCUGGUUGUUCUUUAAAUGGCAAUUUAGACGCUUUUAGUUGUUUAUAAUCAACCAUAUGUCCCCUCUCGCAUAGGCACAUCCUGGGCAUGUACAGUAACCUAGCAAACUGUUUCUCAUUGUAAAUAUCUGUAUGAAUUUAUCAUAGUGGAAUAAAGACAGCAACAAUUUG